UUUACAGUUCGUUUGUGAAUAAGUUGUGAAAAUUUUAGGAAGAGAAGAGGCGCUCUCUCUGCAGGAAGUUGUCAAAACUCCAAAUGGCAAGUGGCAAUUGAAGUACCAAAUGUGAUUUCAUGUACACUUGUACAAAGGCUUAGUAAAGGUCCAGAUUUGGUGAAAAUAAUAUAAGUUUUGAUUGGUCUUCCUAACUUCUCGCGUAGAUAAGGCUAUCUGCUCUCUCUCCGCGUUCGCCACUUACAUAUUGCUCAUAAAUUGUCGGUUAGCCGUGUGGCAUCAUUGUAAAUUCGUCCCCGUUUAUAAACUGUGGUAGGAAACAGUUUUAGCAAGGUCGUUGAGCCGCACACAAUACAAUACAAAUACACAAAAUACUCACAAAAUCAACAGUUUCUUCAAUGCUAGUGGCAGAACUGCGACGCAUGGCAGCAUCCACAACGGCUACAGCAUUUGUUGUUAAUUGAAAUAAAUUGAAAUAAAUUCCUCGUCUUGACUGCUGAUAUUGUUAAUAAAGAGCAACCGAAGCGGAGCAAUAACAACAGCUACCGAAACCCGACCAUCGCUGCACCGUCAUAAACAAAACUGUGACCAAAUGUGGUGUUUAGUUCAGUGCUAGGCGCCAACGGAAUUGGUGUAAUAACAAAUCUGGAAGAGCUUAAGAAAUUUUGAUAUUUAAAAAGCGGUAAUUUUAUAACCCACGAAUCAGACAAUCUUUCACCACAUAGUGGUAUAAGCAGUUUGUAUCUAUGCAUGUUUAGUGAAAAUUCUCUGCGCCAUUAAGAUUUGCGUGUGACGGAGAAUCAAAUUCGGAUUGGAAACAAGUUCUCUCAAAUUGGAAAAAUCUAAGAAAGCAAUUUUGCAGAACAGCAUCCAGACUUACAGUGCCGUCCGUUCCGAAGUAAAGAACUCUUAAAGGACAUGCGCAAAAGCCAAAUUGGUAGUGACAGUUUGGUUAACAGGGACUACAACAUUAAAGAGAUAUAACUAAAUCUGUUUGAAGAGAAAUUGCUAUGGCAUUUUCCCGGCACAAUAUUGAGAAGCGCCGACUUAUUGAGCUAGUGCGCCUCAAUCCUAUCCUGUGGGAUUGUCGCUUGCCCCACUACAAACGCUCGGAUAAAAAAAAGGCUAUUAAAUGGAACGAACUUGGACGACUAUUCAAUGUGAAUGGGGAACGGGUACAGCGAACCUUUACAUCGCUCCGUGAAAUAUUCAGACGCGAGCUCAACCAUGAAAAGAUGCUGGGAACUUCGCGGUUCAAAUCAAAGUGGGAGUACUAUGACUCAAUGGCCUUCCUUAAGGAAGUUAUACGCGAGCGAAAAUCCCGUGAGCGCAUAAAACAUGAACCGGCUCCAGUUUUAGCCAACAAUAACAAAAACAUUGCCAGCCGAAACAGCAGCAACAAUAACAGCAGCAGUGCCAUCUUGGAUGAGUACCAAUACUUUGCGCCAAGCGAUCCCAACAAUCCAAACAAUCUGCCAGUACCCCAUAAACAAAUACGUCCCACAGACCCAGACCCAAAGGAUAGCCUGACGACGAGUUUAAGUGUGAACUUCAGUGAGCUACCCACUUCUUUACAGCAUCAAGCUCAACACUUGCAAGCCCUUCACUUGCAACCAGAUAUAACAUUGACUUCCGUAAAUGCAUCCCAGAAGCCAGCGGUCACGCCCCUAUCCCGGCCUACGUCCGUGACCAUACCAACUAACUCACCAGUCCAGGUACUGUCCUGCUCGCGCUCCUGUAGUUCCUCGCCAUCCAUUUACGUCAAGGACGAACCACACUCGCCGGAUAGGGUGGAGAUUCGAGAUGAUCCGGGAAAUGGACCUCAGACGACAAAGAAGUUGGCAACGAUCCGACCCCAAACGAAGCAGCAGCUUAAGGCGCGAUUGCUACCUAUGACCAAGCACUCUUCGUUGUAUGCCACGUCGCCCCCAAACCUUAUUAUUAAUUCCAAUAAUGAGCUUAUUGAUGCGGAUGCUGGUGAUCUUGAUGAGGAACUGGAUGCAUUUGACGAAGAGGACGACCCAACAGGGCAAUGCUCCCCAACUGUCGACGUGGACAUGAUGAGCCGAGACGACUGUCUUUCACCUGACAGUAGUUACAUUGAGGACAACAGGCGCCUUAAUCACUCGCAGUCGCAUCCCUUCCGGAGCCCUAGAGAGCUGCUCUACAUCAAAUUUGGAGACUUCCUAACCGCUCGGUUGAACACUUUGCACGAGACGGUUGCCAAUGAACUUAUGAAUAAGAUUUUGAUGCUUAUUGCUGAGAAGUAAAGACAGAAUGAUUUAUCAAUCAAUAUAUAAACUUGAAUAAUUAAAUGUAUCAUAAGUUUUACCUAGAAUAUUUAUUACAAAGAUGUUUAAAUUUUCUCCACAAUUACUCAAUAGUAUGAAGUCUAUACCUAAAAUACUUUUAAACAAGAAAGAAUAGCCCCUGUAGUUAAGUUGCAGUUUAUAUUAUAAGAUAUACAUAUAUUGGAUGAGAUAUAUAUUGCAAAUAUCGGAUAUUCCCCCUUCCACAAAUUUUGUGAAUCAAAAUACCUUUAAUUUUGCGUAAAUUUCCUCCAAACUUUGUUUGGAUCCUUCCUGGACAGUUUGGACAGUAUCUUCCCAUAGACUGUUUUUUGAAAAUUUUUCAAUCUAAAAAUGAUCUAAUUAGAGCAGUGGUCGACACUUAAUACAUUAAUAAAAUUUUAAAGCAUUAGUUUUAGUAACGAAUAGCAGAAAGAAGGCUACCUGCAGUACUGAAAUUCAUGUCGUUACCUUUUCAGGGCGUCAUAUAUUGUUCGAACAACACGAACGAAAUAUGAAAUAAUACCUAACAAACUAGGCGAACCAAUUCUGCCGGCCCUCUGCUGCUAUUGAAUUUGAUACAAAUCUCGUUGAUACAAAUUUUCUAGGCCCUACAAGUCUUUUGCAUAUAAAACUUUCACCGCAUGGUUUUAUAAGUUACAUUUUUAUACCCUUGCAGAGGGUAUUAUAAUUUUGUCCAAAAGUGUGCAACGCAGUGAAGGAGACAUC